AUGUCAUGGCUCAUAGACUUGGCCGGUAAAGCUGAACAUUAUCUGGAUAAAAUCGACCAGAACACAGCGGUAGUCCUACAACAUCAAAAGGAAAAGCCGCUGAAAGAUGUUUUCAAAACACCGGUAUCGGAAAAUGUGUCAAUUGAAAUCGAAAAUAAACCCAUUACAUCUGUACCCAGUUCGCCUGCCACAAAGUCAUUGAUCAAGAAACCUAAAAGUGAUUCUCGCAUAUCAGAUGAGCAUCUACUGCAGUAUUUAAAUAGUCAUGACUCAACGAUCCAAUCUCAAUAUGAGGGACAAUCUACUGCUUACAUCGAUAAUUCAAUUGAUCCAAUAUCCAAACCGUUGACCGAGGAAAAUCAUAUGUUGAAAAAUGAAAUAAGAACGUUAAAUAAUGAAAUGUCAUUAUUGCAAUACAAGUUGAAAACUGCAGAUAAAGAUAUUAAUCAAAUAUCAAUGGAACUUGAAGUGAAUAAAAGACAUUCCGCUAAUUUGGAGAAGGAACUGCAGGAAGCUCAUAUACAAUUACGAAAUGCUCAAGAUGUAAUGUUCCGGUUGAAAGAAAAAUCUAAAACCCGAGAUUCAGUAACUGGGGAAAAUAAUUUAGUUUCUGACAAUAAUUUAGUACAUGAAAACCAAACUUUACAAAACGAAAUAUCAACACUACUCAAAAGAAUUGAGGUGGAUGAAUUAAGGAUAAAUGAUUUAACCUCAGAAAAAUUAAAUCUGGAAAUGGCACUUAAUAAUAUUCAAUUUGAAAAUAAAAACACUGUUAAAAAGGAAAUACUAACAAACUUAUCUAGUGAAUGCAAUACAAUGACUGCAUUCACCAAAACAAAUUUGAACAAUGUUGCCCAAAAACUAAAAGAGUGUUUGAACGAUUUAGAAAUUGUUAAUAUACAAGCAACUGCUGAUCAAGGGGCUUUAAGCACUUCAGAAUCAGAACGUUCAGACAUAUUAACCAAAUUAAAUGCCAUGAAGAGUAAUUUACUCUCUAUUGAUUGUGGCUUACAGAAGUCACUACACGAUCUUAGUGGUUUUAAAGAACGGCUUGCAAAUAUUGAUUUAGAAUCGUUUACAGAUGAUAGUUGUAAUAAUCAUGCAGACAUAACUAAUGGUCAGGGAGUAAUGAAUGAGCAGAUGUUAUCACUUAAAAAGGCUGUGGCAUGUAAACAAGCUGAACUGGAACAAGUAUUAGCUGAAAAUAACUCGAUGGCAAUAAGAAUUGAGAGUUUAGAGACAAGAUUGAAAAAAGAGACAAAUGUAAUAAUCAAUGUUAAUGAUACAGAUGAUGCUAAAGCCAAAGUGCCUCAUUUCAUGUUAGAAAAAGCAUUUGAUACUAGUGUAGCAAGAGGAGUUAAACGAGCUUAUACCAGCCUAGAUUCGUUUGGUUUAAGAACAGGAAUGUAUUUACGACGAUAUCCGCUAUUAAGAACUAUAUUAUUUGUUUAUGUGGUGAUACUUCAUUUGUGGGUGAUGUUGAUACUAUUCUCUUAUACUCCAGAGACCAAUUAA